GAGGUUUCAAGAUAGAAGAUAUCAUCAGAGAUGAGCUACCUAAACCGUGUUUGGAUGACCGCCGGUGUUGCCAUCGUCAACGGCCACACCGAUCAAGGCAAUAAACUAAAGUCAAGCGUCAAAUCCUUCCAGCAAGGCAAGAAAGCCUUCAGUUCCUCCAGUGCCGGCGCCGAUCCGGCUGAUUUCCGUCCGUUAUCUGGUGUGGUAGGUUCUGAAGUCGGUGGAGAAGAGAGGAUGAAGCAGUCGGAUGAUUCUCUCCGGCAAGUGAUGUACUUGAACUGCUGGGGACCAAGCUAAUAGAGUAAUCGGAGACAUGCGACGGUGAUCGGAGUUUUCUCGGUUGAUGAGGAAUCGAUGAUGUGAGUUGACUUAGUUGUAAAAUUAGAGAGGGGGUGUAAUUGUAAUAGUUAUACAAGUUUUGGAACAAGAAUGUAAAUAUCAAUUUGCC